ACAAGUAUCUAUUUUAUGCGAUGUCGGCUGACACUGGAGGAGAAUACUACGAAGAAAGCUCAGAUGUGAGUACAAAAGGCCAAGUCCUAAAAUAUACAAAGACUCUUUCCCUUGUUAGCAUUGACCUUUCCAGCAAUAAUUUAAGUGGAGAGUUUCCAAAGGAAAUAACAGCAUUGUUUGGAUUGAUAAUGCUGAACUUGUCACGAAACCAUAUCACUGGUCAUAUUCCAGAAAACAUUUCAAGGUUGCAUCAAUUAUCAUCUCUGGAUCUAUCAAGGCAAAUGACAACUUUUAAUGCGUCAGUAUUUGAAGGAAACCCAGGCCUUUGUGGAGCUCCACUUGAUACAAAAUGCCAAGGUGAGGGUUUAGAUGGAGGGCAAAAGAAUGUUGUGGAUGAAAAGGGCAAUGGCUACCUUGAUGAGUGGUUUUACUUGAGUGUUGGGUUGGGGUUUGCAGUUGGUGUUUUACUUCCCUUUUUCAUUUGUACAUUUAGCAAAUCUUGCUAUGAAGUCUAUUUUGGUUUUGUAAACAAAAUUGUGGGCUGA